AUGAUACUCUUACAAUUCAUUCUCUUGGUAUUUGCAUCCCCACUUCUUCGAGGCUCCGAGGUUGACCAGUGGUGCGACACCACUCCCCACCCUCAACCAUGUCGGAUCUUCAUGGCCCGCUACAAUCCGAGGCAUCGGGCCGAGUUUCGAGACAUGGCAAUUCAAGUAGCAUUAGCUCGUGCUACUCAUGCACUCGAGACGGCCCAAGGUCUCGAGCCUCAAUGCCAUAGCAAGCGCACGAAGGCGGUUUGGCUCGAUUGCCUAAACCUCUUUCGCGACAUGGUUGCGCAGCUCAACCGUACUAGCAUCGGCCAUUGUAACGCCUUGGACGCCCAAACGUGGCUCAGUGCUGCGUUGACCAACCUCGAAACCUGUCGUUCCGGAUCUUCCGAUCUCAAUGUCACGCGUUUCGCCUCGGCCAUGCUUUCGAACAAUGUCUCGGAGCUGAUAAGUAACACUUUGGCUAUAAACGGGGCUACGAUUAAAAAUGAGGAAGCUGCGGAAGGGGUGAAUGAGUUUCCUGAUUGGAUGACGGUUAAAGAGAGGAAGAUGUUGCAAGAUGCAUCUUUGGCGUCCAAGGCUAACGUAGUGGUGGCUAAGGAUGGGUCCGGAAGGUUUAGUACGGUUCAGUCGGGGAUAAAUUACGCGGUUUCGAGCAGGAGAGGAAACGAGAGAGUGAUUGUUUACGUAAAACGAGGUGUUUACCAAGAGAACGUCGAAAUCGCGAGUUCUAUGGGUCAGAUCACGUUGGUCGGAGACGGACUUAAGUAUACCAUAAUCACCGCCAGCCGCAGCGUUAAAGGAGGAUUCACAACUUACAGUUCGGCAACUUUCGGUGUGAGUGCGCCCGGUUUCAUAGCCAGGGGUGUUACGUUUCGAAACACCGCCGGUCCACAAAAAGGACAAGCCGUAGCCCUACGAUCAUCAUCCGAUCUCUCCGUGAUCUACUCGUGUGGUGUAGAAGGUUAUCAAGACACUCUUUUCGUACUAGCCCAACGACAAUUCUUCAAGUCUUGUUAUAUUUAUGGUACAAUAGAUUUCAUAUUCGGCAAUGCAGCCGCGGUCUUUCAGAAUUGUAUUAUAUAUGCAAGAAGACCCUUAAGUGGGCAAGCCAACGUCAUAACCGCCCAAGGUCGGGGUGACCCGUUUCAAAACACGGGCAUCUCAAUUCAAAGAUCUCAAGUCAUUGCCGCACCGGAUCUUGCCCGGGUCGUGAACUCCGUGAGCACGUACUUGGGUAGGCCCUGGCAGAAAUACUCUCGAACCGUUUUUCUAAAGUGUUAUUUGGGUAGUUUGGUGAAUCCGGUUGGAUAUAUGCCUUGGGAUAAUAGUAAUUUCGGACAGGAUACAUUGUAUUAUGGUGAGUACAGGAAUUUUGGACCGGGUUCCUCCACUACAAAGAGAGUCAAUUGGAAAGGUUACCAUGUUAUAACUAGUUCCGGUGUCGCAUCACAAUUCACGGUGGCUAAUAUGAUCACAGGCCAGUCCUGGUUGCCGACCACCGGAAUCCCUUUUAUUACCGGUCUUUGAUGAAUCUGUUGUAUUUGUAUAU